AUGGAAGAAACUUCAAUCAAGCACCGGAAUGCUUCAAAAAGCUCGAGUGUUCUCUCAAUGUUAGCAAUCCAAAGACCUGACAAAACUUAAUCAAGUCUAUAGACAGUUGUUGGGAUAGUAAAUUCAAUGGUUGGAUCGUUGUGUUUAGUAUUGCCUUUGGUAUUUUUGAAUUAUGGAGUGAUAUCUUGCACUGUGAUAAUGAUUAUAUUGGGAUUUGUUCAAUACAAUACUUGUUCUCUUCUUAUACUUCAUCUCAAGGAUGAUGAAAUAGAUACUGAACAUAUGAUCAAGAGAAUUUUGGGGAAGCCGUGGAUGCAGGCUUUUAGAUUUUGUUCUGGAACUCUAUUGUUCAUUGUUGGUAUAAUUUACUUUUAAUUAAUUAAUCUAACUUUAUACCCAAUCAUAACAUAUAUUUUAAGCUACAACAAUAUUGAGUUUGCAGAUGCAAGUGAAAAAUUUGUAUUUAACAUGUAUUCAAUUUAAUGGUAGGCUUUGAUAGUCUUUCUUCCACUAUCAACAUUACUGUUAAUUAAGGAUAUUACAACGAUCGUUAAAAUAGCUCAUUAUGGAGUAAUUGCAUUAUUUGCAUAUGGAAUUUUUAUUAUUUAUAUUUUUAUAGUCAAUCUGACAAGCGAAGAUAUUUCAUAAAAAUUUGAUUAAAUAACAUUGUGGUCUUGGGAUUUCAGUUAGCCAGCUGGAUAAUUUGCUUUGGCCUUUAUGAUUCACAAUGCAGUAGGAUAAUUAAUGAAAAAUAAUGAAAAGAGAGACAACAAUUCUAGAGAUUUGGCUAUAGCUUACAUGAUUGCAGGGAUAAUCUAUGGGAUAGUGGGAAUCUUUGGUUCCAUUGGGAUUCUGGGUUUGGAAAACAUAGGUGAAGCCUAGACUAUCCUGAACUGUUUUAAGAAAUCAGAUGUGGAAAUAAUCAUUAUAGAGAGUUUAUUUUUGGUACAUUUGGUCACGGCUUUUCCGAUAUUUAAUAACAUCAGCAAGUACUAGAUUUUGGAAGUGCUAUAUCAUAAGAGGGAACCACCUAAAGUUGUUUAUUGGGGAUUCAGCAUUUUGUUUAUGGUGCUGUGUUUAACAAUCCAACUGUUGAACAUUCCAGUUGGACUUGUGAUCUCCUUUGAUGGAGCAGUUUGUGGAUUCUUAUUGGUCUACAUAGUUCCAAUCAGUUUACAUCUGAAAUGUUAUUAAACUCAGAAUAAGGUUACUUUGAUAGGGGAUGAGGAGGAUGAAUUUGAUACUCAGGUAAAGUGCGUGAAUCAUAAAGAUAAGAAUUCGAUUCCUAUGUUUGCUAGAAUUGCAUUCUAUGCUUUGAUAAUGGGAAUUGGAAUAUACAAUUUAAUUGUAUAAUUUUAUGAUAUAUUUAAAUCCUGA